UACAGAGACAGUAACAGAGAGAGAGAGUGAGGCGAGCUUCCGGAGGAAAUGGAGGCGGCUACAUUUGCUUCUUCAAAAAUUCUGACCGUCGGAUCUUCAUCCUCGUCGUUGCCCUCCUCUUACCAGUCCGAUGCCCAUUCUCUACAAUUCCUCCGGUACGACCUCAACGGGAGCACAUUCAAAUUCAAAUCAUCUAGGAGCUUCUCAGUUCGCGCCUCCGCUGCUGGUGGUGGAGAUUCUGCGGUGACUCUGCUUGAUUACGGAGCCGGCAAUGUUCGAAGUGUCAGAAAUGCAAUCCACAGUCUCGGCUUCGACAUCAAAGACGUGCAAACGCCUGAGGACAUUCUAAAUGCAAAGCGCCUUAUAUUCCCUGGGGUUGGGGCAUUUGCCGCUGCCAUGGAUGUGCUAAACCGGAAUGGGAUGGCUGAAGCACUAUGUUCUUACAUUGAGAAUGAUCGCCCGUUUCUAGGAAUUUGCCUUGGGUUACAGCUACUUUUUGAGUCAAGUGAGGAGAAUGGACCAGUAACAGGUCUUGGCUUGAUUCCUGGUGUAGUUGGAAGAUUUGAUUCAGCUAAUGGCCUCAGAGUACCUCAUAUUGGCUGGAAUGCACUGCAACUAACCCAAAACCCUGAGAUUUUGGAGGAUAUUGGAAACCGUCAUGUCUAUUUUGUUCACUCAUACCGUGCCAUGCCGUCAGAUGAUAACAAUGAGUGGGUAUCGGCUACCUGUAAUUAUGGUGACGAUUUCAUAGCAUCUGUGAGAAGGGGAAACGUGCAUGCUGUUCAGUUUCACCCAGAGAAGAGUGGAGGUGUUGGCCUUUCUAUAUUGAGAAGGUUUUUAUAUCCAAAGUCUUUGAUGACAAAGAAGCCAGUUGAAGGUACGGCUUCACAGCUUGCGAAGAGGGUAAUUGCUUGUCUUGAUGUGAGGACAAAUGAUAAAGGCGAUCUUGUGGUGACCAAAGGAGACCAGUAUGAUGUAAGAGAGCAGACAAAAGAGAAUGAGGUGAGAAACCUUGGCAAGCCAGUGGAUCUUGCUGGACAGUAUUAUAGAGAUGGGGCUGAUGAGAUUAGUUUUUUGAAUAUUACCGGUUUCCGGGACUUCCCUCUAGGUGAUUUGCCAAUGCUACAGAUAUUGAGAUUUGCAUCAGAGAAUGUUUUUGUACCCUUAACAGUUGGAGGUGGUAUUAGAGAUUUCACUGAUGGAAAUGGCAGGUACUACUCUAGUUUGGAAGUUGCUUCAGAAUAUUUCAGAUCUGGUGCAGAUAAGGUUUCCAUAGGAAGUGAUGCAGUUUAUGCUGCAGAAGAAUAUUUAAGAAUUGGGGUCAAAACUGGAAAGAGCAGCUUAGAACAGAUCUCCAGAGUUUAUGGAAAUCAGGCAGUGGUUGUAAGCAUUGAUCCUCGUAGGGUGUACCUGAAGAAGCCCGAUGAUGUACCGUUCAAAGCUAUCAGAGUAAGAGACCUUGGUCCUAAUGGCGAAGAAUAUGCCUGGUAUCAGUGCACAGUAAGCUUUCCCUGUUUUCUUUUUAUUAUGAAGUGUUCAAACCUGUAGCAAUGUAGUAGAAUUUGCUUCAAAGGGCCUCAAGACCAACUAGUAAAUGAAUUGUUCGCAAGUUGUUGAUAAAAGUUAUUGGGUUGAAGGGUUGUGCAAUUUACAGGUGUUGGAGUAUGGUGGAUAUAUUCCAGCAACCUUGCAAUACAGGGUUUUGUUCAUAGAUGAGGCUUAUUUUAUGUAGGGAACCCACCCCAUGCUGUUGGGUUUGGGGCAGCAAGCCCAUCCCUUGUUUAGUUCGAGUAUGGAUGUUUUGCAUUGCGGAGAGGAUAGUAUGGACAAGAUUCCGAUGUUUGGUGGUGUGUAAAGAUUUGUAGUUUUAAAUAGCACGCAGUGGCCUCUGGUGUGAAGAUGCAAGUAAGUGGAGGGUCAGAGUAGGUGGUUGUAAAUGCAACUCUGAGGGAAGAGCAAGAUGGUAUGUUUGUAGGCCCUGUUUCAGCCUUUCAUUUGCCUUUUUCCAUCAAGGUUUACAUAUCAAUAGAAGAAAAGACUCUAAUCAAUGCCUCACUGCAAUCUUCUUGUACAAUAAGCUUUUGUUAUAAUGUAAAGCCAGAACCAUUAAAUGCUCUUCUGUUCAUAUUCGUUUUUGUGUUUCUUGUUUGUGAUAAUGCACUUUUAAUUUAUUUUCCUCAAUGAGGUCAUGGAUCUUACUUCCAUUGCUAUUCUUGUUUCAUAUAUUUAAUUAUUUUUGGGCUCCUGAAAUCACCUUCUGUUGACCAUUCUUAAGGUCAAUGGUGGUCGAGAGGGUCGUCCAAUUGGAGCUUAUGAGCUUGCAAAAGCUGUUGAGGAGUUGGGAGCUGGAGAAAUUCUGCUAAACUGCAUCGACUGUGAUGGUCAAGGGGAAGGAUUUGACAUAGAUCUAAUAAAGCUGAUCUCUGAUGCUGUGAGCAUCCCUGUAAUCGCUAGUAGUGGUGCAGGAAUGGUUGAACACUUUUCAGAGGUUUUCAAGAAGACAAAUGCAUCUGCUGCCCUUGCUGCAGGAAUUUUUCAUCGUAAGGAGGUGCCAAUUCAGUCUGUGAAAAACCACUUGCUAGAGGAAGGCAUAGAAGUUAGAAUGUAAUCUAUUCUUGCUCUACCAACUUCGAGAUGCAGUCAGAGGAGGCGGCUUCCAACUUACUGCUGCGAAUCCCGAUUCUGAAACGUUUGAACUGUGAGUUAGAUUUAGUAUGUUAAUUUUUAUAUUUGUAGCCUUGGUUUUUUGGGAUAUCGACAGUUUGAGAUGUUAGACUUAUUCACACUUUCUUACAUAAAUGUUGCUAGCUUGAUGCAUUUUUCGCUUGUCUGCGUUGUUUGCGGUUGCAUGUGCUGUCCAAGGUUUUUUUUUUCAAAAUUCUUUCAGACAAAUUAAUAGUUAUUGCAGUUUUUUUAUUGUCAA